UGAUCCACACAGUCAAAGGCUUUAGCAUAGUCCGUGAAGCAGAAGUAGAUGUUUUUCUGGAAUUCUCUUGCUUUUUCUGUGAUCCAGUGGAUUUUUUCUACUUGUUUUCUACUGUUUAGUAAUGAAUUUCCUCAAAAUUCAUCAGAAGCAUCUGUUUUCUCACAAAAUUUCUGAGGGUCAGGAAUUGUGGAGUGGAUUAACUAGGUGUGACUGGGAGUGUCAUAAGAUUGCAAUCAAAAUGUUAGCCGCGACUGCAGUCACUUGAAGCCUUGAUUGAGGCCAAAGGAUAUCCUUUCAAAAAGGCUCUCAUGUGGCCUUUGACUGGAGAACUCAAGUUUCUAACCAAGUGGACUCGCCACGGGGCUGCUUAUGACAUGGCAGAUUUCCAACUGAUACCAUACAGCGCUCAAAAUGGAUCAGGGCUGUUAAUCGUAUGGACCCGAGAAGCAAAAAGAUUUGGAUCCCAGGACCGGGUGCUAUGCUAUGUUCCAAACAUUUUCAAGAAAGUGACUUUGAGUCAUAUGGCAUAAGAAGAAAGCUGAAAAAAGGAGCUGUGCCUUCUGUUUCUCUAUACAAGGUUCUCCAAGGUGUACACCUUAAAGGUAAAGCAAGACAGAAAGUCCUGAAAGAGCCACUUCCUGAUAAUUCUCAAGAGGUUGCUACUGAAGACCAUAACUACAGUUUAAAGAGACCUCUGACAAUAGGAGCAGAGAAGCUAGCUGAGGUGCAGCAGAUGCUACAAGUGUCCAAAAAAAGACUUGCUUCUGCAAAAAACUACAGGAUGAUCAAGAAGAGAAAAGGCUUACGACUAAUUGAUGCGCUUAUAGAAGAGAAGCUACUUACAGAGGAAACAGAAUGUCUGCUACGAGCACAAUUUUCUGAUUUUAAGUGGGAGCUGUAUAACUGGAGAGAAACAGCUGAGUACUCCGCAGAAAUGAAGCAGUUUGCAUGUACACUCUACUUAUGCAGUAGCAAGGUCUAUGAUCAUGUAAGAAAGAUUCUCAAGCUGCCUCAUUCUUCCAUCCUCAGAACAUGGCUGUCCAAAUGCAAACCUGGUCCAGGUUUCAACAGCAACGUUUUUUCUUUUCUUCAGCAAAAAGUAGAGAAUGGAGACCAGCGAUACCAGUCUUGUUCAUUGAUGAUAAAAGGUCUGUCUCUCACACAGCAGCUUCAGUGGGACCCCAGCAGUCACCAUCUGCAGGGGUUUAUGGACUUCGGUCUUGGCACCCUUGAUGCUGAUGAAAUGCCACUCGCCUCAGAAACUGUCUUGCUCAUGGCAGUGGGUAUUUCUGGUCACUGGAGCACACCUCUCGGUUAUUUUUUUGUAAACAGGGCCUCUGGAUAUUUGCAAGCUCAGCUGCUUCGUCUGACGAUUGGCAAGCUAAGUGACAUAGGGAUCACAGUGCUGGCUGUCACGUCUGACGCCUCAGCUCACAGUGUUCAGAUGGCGAGGGCACUGGGGAUACAUCUCGACGGAGACAAUGUGAAGUGUACAUUUCAGCAUCCUUCAUCAUCCAGCCAACAGAUUGCCUACUUCUUUGAUUCUUGCCACUUGCUUAAAUUAAUAAGAAAUGCAUUUCAGAAUUUCCAAAGCAUUCAGUUUAUCAACGGCACAGCACAUUGGCAGCACCUCGUGGAGUUAGCAGCACUAGAGGAACAGGAAUUAUCGCAUACGGAGAGAAUCCCACGAAAACUUGCAAAUCUGAAGAACCACAUACUGAAAACGAAUUGUGCCAGCCAGGUCUUCAGUGAGAGUGUGGUCAGGGCAUUAGAAUGUUUGCUGUCAUUAGGCCUGCCUCCUUUUCAGAACUGUGUUGGUACCAUCCACUUCUUACGGUUAAUUAACAAUCUGUUUGACAUUCUUAAUAGUAGGAACUUUUAUGGAAAGGAAUUUAAAGGACCUCUAUUACCUGAAACUUUUAAUAAAAUCAACCAUGUGUUAACUGAAGCCAAGACUAUUUUUGUUACAUUAUCUGACACUAGCAAUAAUCAAAUCCUUAAAGGUAAGCGAAAACUGGGAUUCCUGGGAUUUUUGCUUAAUGCUGAGAGCUUAAAAUGGCUCUACCAAAAUUAUGUUUUCCCCAAAGUCAUGCCUUUCCCCUAUCUCCUGAUGUACAAAUUCAGUCAGGAUCAUCUGGAAUUAUUUCUAAAGAUGCUCAGACAGGUAUCAGUAACCACUUCUAACCCCACCUGCAUGGCAUUCCAGAAAGCUUACCAUAAUUUGGAGACCAGACACAGAUUACAAGAUGAGGUCUUUCUAAGUGAAGUAAGCAGCCUUGACAUUUCAAUUGCUCGAAGGACUGACCUGGCCCUCGGGACAGUUCAGCGUGAGUAUGGUGUCAGCAUUAUAGAGAGUCUUUUUUACAAAGAGGAUAUUUGCCCAGACUGGUCUGACUGUUUGCUAAGUGAGGCAUUACUAGAUCUGUCAGUUCGUAGGCGAAAUCUCACCUCUUACGCUGGUUAUAUUGCCAAUAAGUUAUCAGCUCUGUUAACAUGCGAGGACUGCCUCAGUGCGCUGUAUGCAUCGGAUCUCAAAGCCUCUAAAAUUGGAUCCCUGUUGUGUGUUAAAAAGGAGAAUGGUGUGCAUUUCCCUUCUGAAAGUUUGUGCCGAGUCAUAAAUACUUGUGAGCGAGUUGUAAGAACCCAUUCAAAGCCGACAGUUCAUGAACCACUGCUUCCCAAACAGAGGGAAUUUUACCUUCAACAGAAAAUAUUAUAUGAGCUUUCUGGGCAUAUUUAUCUUUUUGUAGAGUUAGAUGAGCAUCUCUUUGAUGGAGAAGUAUGUGCCAUCAAUCACUUUGUAAAGUUACUAAAGGAUAUCAUAAUCUGUUUCUUAAAGAUCAGAGCUAAAGAUAUAACUCAGUACUCCUUAAAACACCACUCAGAAAGAAUUGAGCUGAAAUCUUUGUCAAGGAAACACUGGUCAUCUUCACAGAAUUACAGAUGUUCAAGUUUUGCGAAUACCAAUAAAUGCAGGCAUUUGCUAAGGAACAAUAGAUACCCAUUCAAAUGAAGGACCUAAAAUAUAUUAACAUUUUUAUUAAAAAUAAUUGGUCAACAUUUAUUUUAAAAUUCAACUGACAAUAUUUUACAAAUUCUGCACAGUGGACAAGUUUGUGUUUAUGUCUUAGGAAUUUCUAUUAUGUACGUUAUCAAAUCUACAUGGAAUUUGGUAGGGCUUACAAGCAUUUCAGAGUUACCUAAAAUGUAGAAAGCGGGAAGUCAGUAAGAACAGACUAGCCAACAGGUGCUGUGUUUGAAUUUACCACUAUCCAACUGAGUAAUUCAACUGGAUGUACUUUAAAAACAAGUGAGAAUGGCAGAAACGAGCACAAUAUUGUAAAACAAUUAUCCUCCAAUAAAAUUUUUAAAAAGUGAGAAUAAUGACAAAGGAGUCUCUAAAACAUUGACUCCUUUUAUAAAGACUACAUUCCCAGAAGAGAUUUGGUCUACAACUCUUAAGAAUAACACUUAAAAAAAUAAAAAGAAGACUGUUAACAGAAUACCUAUCAAACUGUGAAUAUAGUCUACUUACACAUGAAAAUUAGGCCAAGUUAAAUACCAAACACUACAAAAACCCUUUUGCUGGGGUACCUUUAAAUAGAAAUCAUUAAACUCUAUUAGGCAGAAGGUAAACACAUGAGCCAUGAAAUGGACACUUCUUGUGCUACAACCAAGCUUGAAAAUGUCUGGGGAGUAUGCAGGUGAUGUGAUUUUCACAGCCCAUUUGUCUGGACCUCACACUACUACUUUGAAUAGUAAGAGUGGAUACCUGACUCCUAUUGGAGGAGCACAGUGCUCAUCAGAGAAUGAAAAGAAGCCUUUGUUUCAACUUCUUCUGAAGAGGAUAAUAAUGAAACAUUUUCAGUUUGGCACAAUGGUGUUUCAUAUCAUAUGAUAAAUAAAUUGGGGGAAAAAUGGUCAGUUGGGAGAGUAUGAAAAAGUUUGUCAACCACAUAAUGAGAUUUUUCAGAAAUUUGGGAGAAGCUUAAAUAAUCUGAAGAUGGAAACCUACUAAUAAGAACAAUUUUCUCCGUUCUCUCAGAUCCAGAUCUGAAAAGAUAAAAUAGAAAAACAUAGUUAUAUGUACUUUCAGAAAUGGAGGUAUUUUAAUGGGAAAAAAUGAACACAUUAUUCACCUGUGUAUGUAAAAUAUCUCUUAUUGUCAUUAAGUUAAUGUUCAUAGACUACAGUUAAUAUGAAGACAAAGUUGUAAAAGAUUAAGGACAGGUAAAACCAGUUUUAUUAAAAUUGAAAUUCCCCAUAAAUAGUAUAUUUUGAUAUAUUUAUGCUGGGUCUACCUCAAACAAAGGCUUCAGUUUUGAACUGUAACCAGAAUUGUCCUGUAUUGCAUUUUAUAAGGAGAUAUUACUAAGGAGUCUGAAUACUGUUGGUUUUGUUUUGUUUGCAGUAGAAUGAGUUUAGGUGCACCAGGAUAAAUCUUAUUCAAAGGAAGCCUGUUUAUGUCACCACCUUUAACUUAUUGCUUAUAUAAAUUCAAGUUUUGUACUUAUUUUUACUUAAAACUAGGUUCAUAUCUGCAGUGUCUUAGGUUCUCUGCUGUUACAUCUGACCCAUGUCCUGUGCAAUUUAUUAAAAUAGUGUUUUGCAUUUAUUUAAGUGCUGAGUAUAAACUGGACAAACCCUGACGACAAGAAUCUUUCCAUUACUGCCAUUAGCACAGUUAAUUGUUCUUGCCUUAGUGCAGUGCUCCAAGUCUCAUGUCAGACUUACUUGAUAUGAUACACUUCACAGUGAACUUUCUGUUCACACUUGAUUAGGGUAAUUAAUAGCUUACAGUUUCUACUCAGCACCCUUGUUCUUUCUCUUUUUCAGAGAAAACAAAUAUUCAGAAAUGUAUCCUUCCUACUUUCAACAAAUAGUGCUGGAAUAACUGGAUAUACACAUGCAAAAUGUUAACUCUAAAGGGAACAAAGACACAAAUGUAAGAGGUAAAACAACUUAGAAUAAAAUAGUGGAGACUUGGAUUCAGCAAUAGCUUCUUAGAUAGGACACCAAGAGUACAAGCAAAAAUUUCAUCAAAACUGAAAACUUUGUGCUUUAAAGCACACCCAUCAAGAAAGUCCAAGACAAGCCAUAGAAACAUUUUCCAAAUCAUGUGUCUGGUAAAGGACUUGUAUCUGAGUAUACAAAGAACUCAAUAAUAAAGGAUAAUAUAACCCAAUUUUUUAAAGGGGUAAAGAACACAAAGUUAUUCUUCAAAGGAGAUAUACAUGAAUAUGUGCUCAACAUCAUUAGCCGUUUGGGAAAUGCUAAUCAAAACCACAAAGAGAUAUCACUUCACAGCCACUAGGAUGGCUGUAAUAAAAAAGACAGAUAACAGGCGUUGGCAAGAAUGUGGAGAAACUAGAACCCUCAUACACUGUUGGUAGGAAUGCACAUGCUUUGGAAAACAGCCUAGCAGUUCUUCAGAAAGUUAAACAUAGAAUUGCCAAAUGACCCAGCAUUUCUACCAACGGGCAUAUACCCAAGAGAAAUGUACAAAUUUCAUAACAUUAAAAUAGCUAAAAAGUAAAAAAGUCCAAAUGUCCAACUGAUGGAUACAUAAAAAAUGUGUUGUAUUCAUAUGGUGGGUCAACUGGUAUAUGUUUCACAUUGUAACAAACUAUCUUUUGCUGUGAUGUACCAUGCAGUACAUUAACCAGAAAUAUAUGAGAAGUUCUAGUUCCUCUACUUCCUCCCCAACACUUGGUAUCGGUCAGGGUUCUGUUUUGAAUUAGCCAUUCUAGUGGGUGUGCCAUGAUAUUUCAUUGUGGCUUUCAUUUCUUUUUCUAAUGACUAAUGAUGCUGAACAUGUUUUCAUAGGCUUAUUUGCCAGUCACUGUCAUCUUAGGUGAAAUGUCUGUUCAAGUCUUUUGCCUCUAUUUUAAACAAGGUUGAUUGUUUUCUUACUGAAAAGUUAAGAAAUAAAAACAGUAAGUUAGUUAAAUAUUCUGGAUAAAAGUACAUUAUUAGAUGUAUCUUGCAAAUAUCUUCUCCCAGUCUAUGGCUUUUAAAAUUUUAUUGAGGUAAAGCUGAUGUACAGUGUUAAGUUGCAAGUGUACAACAUAGUGAGUGGUUCACAAUUUUUAAAGUUUAUGAUGUGGCUUUUACUUUUUUAGUAUGUUUUGAAGAACAUUAAUUUUAGUAAGUCUAAUUUAUUGAUUUUUCUAGGGAUUAUACUUUUUAGUUUCUUAUCUAAGAAAUCUUUGUCUAAACCAGUCACAGACUUUUCUUCCCAUUUUUCUUGUAGAUAUUUUCCAGCUUUAGGUUUUGCAUUUAGGUUAUGAUCCAUUUUCAGUUGACUUUCGUGUGUGGUAGAAGUUCAUAUUUUUACAUACUGAUGGUAUCCCAGCACCAUUUGUUAAAAAGACUAUUCUUUUCCAGUAAACUACCUUUGAUCCCUUGUCAAAAAUUGACCACAUAAAUACGAAUCUAUUUCUGGGCUCUGUAUUCUGUUGCCUUGAUCCAUGGGUCUUUCAUCAAUACCACAUUACCUUGAUUAGCCUUAUAUAAUUCUUGAAGUCAGGCAGGAGUCUUCCAACUUUGUUCUUUUUAUAAAAAAUGUUUUGGCUAUUCUAGUUGUACCUUUCCAUGUAAAUUUUAUAAUCAGCUUGUUUUUACAAAAAUUCCUUAUGGGAUUCUGACUGGAGUUAUGUUGAAUCUAUAGGCUGAGGAGAAAUGAUAUCUUAAUAUUGACUUCCAAACCAUGAAAAUUAUAUAUAUAUAAAAGAUCUUCAAUUUUUGUAAUCAGUGUUUUUGUUUCACAUACAGAUCUUGUACAUAUUUUUGCUACGUUGCGUUUCAUGUUUUGUGGUGCUGCUAUAAAUGGUAAUUUCAGAAUUUCAGUUUCUAAAUGUUCAUUGCUACUAUGUAGAAAUAUACUUUUGCAUACUAAUAUUGCUAAAUGCACUUGUUAGUCCUAGUACCUUUUUAUUAAGAUCCUUUGACACUCCUUAUAUAGGCAAUCACAUCCACACCAUCCACAAAUAGACACUGUCAUAUUUAUUCAUUCCCCAUCUAUGGCCGUUUUGUAAAAAAAAAAAAAAAGAAAAGAAAAUCUUAUUGUACAGUGACC